GAUGUGAUGAUGGCUUGGAAUCGCUGUAAUCGUAAUAUAAUUAAUGCAACUGACGAAGCCAGCGAGAUUCAAUGAUUCACAAAAGUUUAAAUUUCUUGACCCAUCUAUAAAAUCCAGUCUAUUCUGACAUUAUAAUUGGUUUUAACCAGCGCAAAAAUUAAGUCGUACUGUAGUCUUAACGCAAUCCACGGGCAAAUUUGAAAAAACUGAUGUCAGAUUUCAUCUGAGACAAUAUUUAUCUGACCCAUUCAAAUUUCCGGGAAGAAUGAUAUAAUAGUUAGUUUAAAUCGUUGUAUAAAUGAAGUUCAAAGUUUUUAUGGUUUACGUACAACCGUUGGGAAAUAUAUAUCUAUAUAUGAUAUAUAGGUAUGCUGGGAAAUUUUACUGGAAAAAAUACUGGAAAGUUUUCAAUUUCAAUUUCAAUUUGUAAGGGUCCAAAGACGGGUCCAUAAUUCAGCAAUGUCAAUAAUAUAAACUAAAAAAGUUUUCAGUAUUUUCAGUCAAGCAAUUAAUUUAGAGUUUAAGGGUUUAUGUAAGGAGCAAAAGCAUUCCCAAAAUGCUAAAUACAUAUGUUUAACACUAAACUUAAUGACAUUGAGGCCUAGUUCAUACGUCGCAUUUUGGUCGCGUCGAAAUUCGAAUGCAUUCAAACAUAGAUAAUGAGAUGGUAAAGAAGCUAAAUGAGGUUUACCAUCUCAUUAAUAUCUAUUGUUUGAAUUGCAUUCGACGCGACCAAAAUGCGACGUAACUAGGCCUGACUGUUGUCAUGCUUCUGUCUUGUGAUUUGUAUUGAAUAUCAUGUCGCAACAAUAUGUUGGAUGAUGUAAAGGAAUACAGCUUCAAAGUUUUGGUCGUCGGUGAUGUAUCAGUAGGAAAGACUUCGAUUAUUCGUCGAUAUACGCAAGGCCGAUUUAUUUCAGGUUACCGACCGACCUUGGGGGCUGAUUUUGCAUUGAGAGUGAUCGAUUGGGAUUCUAAAUCAAAAAUACAUCUUCAACUUUGGGAUGUCGCUGGUCACGAGAGGUAUGGCCACAUGACCAGAGUGUAUUAUAAAUAUGCUAUGGCAGCAUUCAUUGUUUACGACUUGUCCAGGCCCGACACUUGGAGUGCUGUUCUAAAGUGGCGCAAUAAUUUAAUGGAGAACAUUGUAACUGAAGAUGAAGAACCAAUACCGAUAGUUUUGUUAGCAAAUAAGUGCGACAUGAAUGGUGUGGGUUAUGAUAAAAAUGGUUUGAAUUUAUUUUGCAACGAGCACGGUUUUAAAGGAUGGUUACCAGUCUCAGCAAAAACGAACAAAAAUAUAGAUGCAGCAAUAAAUCUUUGUUUGUCGGCAAUUCUUUCAAAACGACCUGAUAGUGAAGCCAUUAGGCCUGGAACACCAUGGUACAGAGCUGAAAGUCCUGGAAACGUUUCACCUGUCCAAGUCGUCCCAGUCCAUGAGGAGAGUCGUAAUAAGUGCUGCUGAAAAGAUCACAAUAAGCAUCGGGAAUCAUGGAAAUUGUUUCUUAGAUUUUCCUUGGAAGUAUGUAUAGGUAGCCCAGUGCCAUUCGCUAUUGUCUAACAUUCAAAUUUUCCAAAUAACAAAAAUUGAACUUUUAGCUUAUCACAAAUUCCAUCAUUGAUGCAAUAUCACAAAUUCAUUUCAUUCUUAGGGAAUUAUGUUUUUAAAUUAUGCAGGAAACAUAACUCUCUCUAAAGCAAAAAUACAUCCUUUGAACAUGGGACACCAUCAGCCAUCAUCUUUGAUUAGUGGUCUGAGAGCUGGCUGCUUUUGUGCAAUUCUUGUGAAUUUAAUCUAUUUUAUCUAUUUCAGAUUAAUAUUUCAAGCAGAUAAUGUUAUAAAAUACUUAGAAUUUCAUACAAUGUAUUUAUUUUUAAAAUUUAGUUGUAAAUAAUUGGUUUCUCAACAUGAUAGGAAUUUUUUCAUAAAUAUCUUGAAAUUAGAAUACAGUCCACCAGGAUAUAAUUUUUUCUAAAUGUCUUUUAAAUGAAAGGCUGGAUGUCAGUUUUCAAGUUCUCUUCUCAAUGAAAUUGAUCCAGG